AUGGACGGGAAGAAGGGCCCCACCUUUGACAUCCUUCCCCCCCCACUGGAGAAAAUAAAAAAAACGGACAAGAGAAGAAGCCAGGAUGAAGCGAAGGAACGACCCCAUAAUGAAUUGAAACUUCAGCCACCCCAAGGGAGUAAUCAGCCCAGCAAGAUGAUCAUGAAGCAGACGGGUCCAAGCCCAUACGAAGAGGCCAAACAAAGAAAGGAACAUAUGAAGGAGAAGAAAGAGGAGGCCACUAAUUACGUGGCCCAAAAGUACAGCAACGUCAUUUUAAACAGCGACGAAAUUAGUGCAAUCAUCAGCACCAACUCGCAUUUUAAGACACUCGUAGAAAGUGAGAAAGUCUCAACCUUUAUGGGAGACUAUUUGAAGAACCCACUACUUGCCAUAAAAAAACACCAGAAAGACGAAACGAUUGCGCGAUUCCUCGACUGCCUCUUCCAGUACAUGAAUCAGAAGAGUCGCAACAUUCAUUUGGCGAACCUGUCCGAGAGUUUUACCAUCCCCAGGAAGUGA